UCUUAGUCUCAGACACACGCACUCCUCCAAUUCAGCUAAGAUGUUCCGCUACAUGCUUGUUGCCUCCGCCUUCUUGGCCUGCGCCUACGCCGCUGCCUCCUACAACCAGGAAGCUGGUGCCUACAUUACCAAGAGUGGUGCCGAUAUCCAACCCGACGGUCACUACAACUAUGCCUACGAGACCAGCAACGGAAUCGCUGCCCAGGAGUCCGGACUCGGAGGAUACCAAGCCAACGGAGGUUUCUCGUGGUACUCGCCGGAGGGAGAGCUCGUCCAGAUCGCGUACGUGGCCGAUGAGAACGGCUACCAGCCCCAGGGAGCCCUCCUGCCCACUCCUCCCCCGAUCCCAGCUGCCAUCCUAAAGAGCCUGGAGUACAUCCGCACCCACCCCCAAUACGUGGAGCAACAGCAGAAAUUCCGCGGUUAAGCAGUUUCGCAAGACUUAUGUGAAAACCUGUUAAAAGCUUUAUUAGAGUUUGUAAAAAUGUUAUUGUGGAGUUGAAAUAAAUAAAGAUGUGAAUAAAACUUAAA